AUGGAUAACCGAGGACCGUCAGUAUUUCGAGUUGAAAAGGCCUUCGACAUGCGCCCAGGAUACCAGCCAGCGGAAGCCACCCUCAGUGUUGUCUACAACACCACAAAUACAAACAGCACGGAGAACGCAAGCCCUGAAGCCCAGGAAGCAAUCGCGACAAGCCAAGCGCCGCUAAUAGUCAAUCCUGUUGAUCCCGAAGCCUCAAUAGAUAAGAAAUCAACUAAAGAGAUGGUUCUCGAAACUCCAUCCGCUUCAAAUAGGUCCUCGGUUGAAAAGGAAUGUCUUAACAGGAGUUCAAUGUCUAGCGUAUGCACUGAUCAGUGUCAAGUCAAUCAGGAUAAGCUGAAGAAACCAGAAGAACCAUGUGAAAGACUCCAGAGUCAACGAUCCUCCAUCUCUCAACCGCCACCACCAUCUCCAGAGGGGGCGUCGAACGAGAUGAAGAGCGGUGGGGAAUGUCAAAUCAAAUCCAGCACAGAUUCACUGAUAGAACGAUUUCAAACUCAAUGCUUUCAGUCCCGACGUGAUGAUGAGAUGAUCUUCGAUACAGGAGUCUACCGCGAUCGCAUUAAUGGCAAGUUCCCCGAGGAUGAAUAUCCGCCAUGUCGACUCUACACCAUGGACAGAAGAAAUGGAGCAAUCAACAUGGUGUUGGAGACCAUGCAUAACAUUGAAGCGCACAUCAUGUGUGGUUACGUGAAGGACCAACACGACAAGUGCAAGUUGCAAGAGAUGCUGCUUAAAGCAAGACAAAUUAUAGGUCCGAACAGACAAACCUCACUCACUUAUGUUGAGACAAAGGAGAUCAUGAGACUGCUCUGCACAGCUAAAGCUUAUGUGAUAAAUGGAUGCGCAUCAGAGUGCUGCAUUAAUCAGUGCAACCACCGACCAAAAUGUUGA